CGAGGAGGCGUGAAGGCGGCAGGGGCUGGGCACAGAGGAGGAGCAGGUGCGCGGCGGGAGAGGCUGCUGGGCUCGGCAUGGUGCUGCUGGUGGUGAUGGGAGUGAGCGGCUCGGGGAACUUCUGUUGAUCUAAAAGUUAAAAGCAUCUUGUGAUGGGUGAAACACUGCUGGAAGUCACUGCCAAACUGAUGUAACCAAAGAUGACAACUGACUGCUUUUCAAAUAAAACAAGUGUGGCUGCAACUUUCAAAGUUUUACCAGGAGACCUGCUGUUUCUAAAAUCUUAAUUUAGGAUAACUUUUAAGAACUUGCAAUAAUCCACUGUUGGGUCACAUCUGGCGGCUAAAGUAUGCUGGGAUGGAAAUUCUAUGAUGCUGAUGACUACCAUCCUACAGAGAACACAAAGAAAAUGGCUCAAGGAAUACCACUAAAUGACCAGGACAGGAUUCCAUGGCUUUGCAAAUUACAUGAUAUAUUAAUGAGAGAAGAGUCAGCUGGACAAAGUGUGAUUCUGGCCUGUUCAGCUCUGAAGAAAAUGUAUAGACGCAUAUUAGUAAGUGGAGAGGAUGCUGUGUAUUCUAAAAGUGAUCAGCUAGACUCUGCCACAGGGAAGGUCCUUUUUAUCCAUUUGGAUGGAUCUAUGGAACUCAUUGCCAGCCGACUGGAGAAGAGGAGAGGACACUUUAUGGCACCCGAACUUCUACAGUCUCAGUUUGAUACACUGGAGCCUCCAUCAGCACCAGAAAACUUUAUCACUGUGAGUCUGGAAAAGUCUGUUUCUGAAAUAGUGUCUGAAAUUGAGAAAUCUCUUCACUUAGAGAAAUGCUUUUCCAGAGUAGUUUCUGAAUUAGAUGCACAUUAAUUCUUCUAACCAUGUCAUAUUUGUGGAACAGCAUUUUAGUUGCUUUCUCAAGUUAACCAGCACGGUUUGCAAUAUUAACUUCAUUGGCUUGACAUACUUUAAAGGGACUGGGACACUACUAUUACUGAUGUUUUCAUUAAGACCUGUUCAAACCUGGAGAUACAAUUUUCAGAAGUGAAUGGCAUUUGCCUACCUCUUCGUCCAUUUAAAUCACAGGUGAAACUCCCAUUGGCUUUGAUACAAACGGGUAGGUCAACACAGAGUGUUUCUGACAAUCCCACCCUAGGGAUUUAGACAGAACAUGAAAAUCUCAACAAAUGUAGCUUUCACUUUUUUUCCUGCCAAAACACAGAAAUUGGCCCCAGUCAUCACUACUGACAUUUAAGUGUUGAAUGGACACUUGAAAGGUGAACAUCCUUUUAAGAGAAGGCAGAGUUCUCUGAUAGGGCAGAGGGACAGGAGCUGGGACAGCAGGGUUCAGGUCCUGACUCCACCAUUAGCUCCAUGCCUGAUCUGGAACAAGUUACAACCUCUGUGUCCGUGUCCACAUCUGUGAAAAUACUUGCUGACCUCACAUGGGUGUUGUGAGAUCUCAUUGAUUCUGACUUAAACACAGUGAACUCCUGUGGGAGGGAGAGAUCUAUGUAACUGCAAAGUAUUAUUCUACCCCAAUCUUUAACAAUAAACUAAGUAGCACUGUA